AUGCCACAACUACCCUCGGUAUCUGAACUAUUAGGUUCAACUAGAGUAGAAUCAGCGGCUGGUGCAACAGUACAAACUUAUCCCCAUUCAAACUCCUAUGAUUACAACGAGAGGAAGGAUUCUACUACUUCAAUUUCUUCCCCUACAAUCUCAAAUGACGGAUAUAGGAGACAAUCUACCGAUAAAUCCAGACAUCAAAGACUACCGUCUAUUUCCAACACUAUUCUACCUACAAACAGCAAAAGGAACUCCAUUGAUACGUCGCCACGCUCCUCGGUUCAUCUACCGAGUCUCUCUUAUUCAUUGAUUCCGCGAAAUAAAAGCAACAACAAUAUUACCACCAACCUAGAAUCCCCACCAAGCUCGCGGAGACUGACAGAAUCGUCGAUUAGCAGGACAACCAAUAACCCAGCAGCUCCACUGGUUCUUCCAAGAACUAACUCAGGAAACUACUUGCCUAAUCAAUCUUUCAAAUUCCAGCAGCCACUGCAACAACAGCAAUCGAUACAGCAACACGAGGAAUCUCUGAAGUCAGGGAUUGUGCGGCCACAGGUUGGCUCGCCAAUAGGAAGCGCAGAUAAGCUUCAAACGUUGCACAUGUAUAACAAUUCGCCAUCUAAUUUGCACAUGCAACCGCCUCCACCCCCUCCUCCACCAUUACAGCCCCUGUUCUCAUCCCAGACUCAAUCAAAUUCAAAUACAGUGUCUCCUACACAUAAUCCUCUAACACUGGAAAUAGCCGCUGACCACAUCAACACUGCCACUGUUCCUCAACAUAUAAAUUUACCACUUACAACACCCUCACAUGGUAACCCACAUGGUAACCCAGCCUUCCUAAUAUCCAAAAGUGCCCCAACAAGUACAACUACCACUUCGUAUCCGCUGUAUUUCUACCAAGCAGCACCGCCAGGUGACAUACAAGUGAGGCCUCCUCAAGAACAUUACUUCACCCAACAUGCUCCACAGGCCACAUCUAUUCCAACUCAAACGCCCCCACCAACUUCUUCACGUAAUCAAAACCAAGUUGUAGCUGGCCCUGGAUACUACAUUGUUCAACAACCACAACAAAUUCCACUUCCACCAACGGCGCCACAACAACAAGUACAAGCAUAUGCGCAUCCACUUCCCCCGCAUUCACUACACCACCAAGCCCCUUUAUACCAAACACAACAAGGGUUUCAUGAUCAAGUACAUUAUGAUCCACAUAGGCCACCAGCUUCAGGCGCUUUAGUAGGUCCACCACACAUGUACGCUUACAAUGUUCCUUACAGUGACGAAAACAAUGCUCUUGUCAAUAAGCGCAAAAUUAUCAAACGAAGAACAAGAACUGGCUGUUUAACAUGUAGAAAGAGGAGAAUAAAGUGUGAUGAGAGAAAACCAUCAUGUUUCAAUUGUGAACGCCUGAAGAAGGUUUGUUUGGGAUAUGAAAAUUUGUCGAACUUACAACCAAGGAAAAGAACAAGAGAUACAAGCCUAGACUUGCCAACCACUGAGGGAGGUGCUACUUUGAAUCAACAACCACAAGAUGUCCAACAACAAGUACACGAUGAUAGGAGAAGCAACGGUUUAUGA